GCAACCCGAUGGGAAUAGGCGGUUGGGACUUGAGACUUUUUCUUUGUGUCGCUUGGGGGUGUUUUGUUUUCUCUCUUUUGUGGUGACAACACUUUCCAAAACAUGAGUUUCCGCAUGAUUUGUGCACCUUGAAUUUUGUGAAAGCAUGUAGAGUCAGUGCUUGCUCAACACUUUCGGCUUUUCCAGAUAAGUAUAGAAGGGAUUCAGCGGGACCCAUGGGCAGCUACUUGUGCCGGGAAGAAGUUCCUGUGGAACAUGGACACCACGUGCACAAGAUGUGUUUCCCCAUGUACGUGCUGAAGGUUUCAGAUUUCUUGGAACUUGGAGGAGCUCCACCACCUCAUUCGGAGCUUGAAGAGAAAGGCCUUCUUUAUGAAUGGAAGGCUGGCAUGUUUGUUCUCUUUGUCUCUCAUCAAUGGCUACAUACCGCACACCCUGACCCUUGUGGAAGUCAAUCAUUGGUUCUUCGCGAAGUCCUCGAGGGAUUGAUGCAGGGUACCCUGACUGUUGAGACGGAUCUCAUCUCUCAAACCUACAAGUCACAGCAGAGCUUUGAUGAGCAGGAGCUUCUCAAUGCCUAUAUUUGGAUGGACUGGUUCUCCAUUCCUCAGGUUCGAGCUCGUGCUCGAGGCAUUGAUGAGGAAGAGACCCGAACCGAAGCCUCAAAAGCCAUUCAAUCCAUUCCAGCUUAUGUGGAGGUGUCCUCUGCCUUCGUUGCUUUAGUUCCCGCAAUCAAAGAACAGAGCUCUGCACAUGGCUUCGAUUAUACCACCUGGAUAACUCGAGGUUGGUGUCGAGCUGAAUUGUGGUGUCACUUGCUCUCCACGAAGAAAGACACCAGUGUCAUAGUGGUUCACUCUUCCAAGGAGGUGAAGUUCAUGUAUCCAAUGGAUUGGCAAUACAAUUUGAUUUCCGACGGUGAAUUCACCGUCGAAGAAGACCGCGAAGUCGUGGUCCAACUGGGAGACAGAGCUGUCGAGCACAAGAUCAAGCACUUGGGCAAGGAUGGUCCCGUGGAUCUUUACCGCUUUUAUUUGGCUCAUCGUGGAAAGCUCCUUGGGCAAGCGAAGAGGGAACGUACCUUGGAGGAGUUUCUCGAUCACUUUCGCUUCCCGAACUUGGAAGCAGCGGUGAACGACACUUCUAGCAUGUGCCCUGGCCGUAGGAAAUGCAGGAAUGCGACUCUCUGUGCAAUGUUUGCAUCCGAUGUGGGAAUGCUCCGUGUUCUCGCUUACCACAAAGCGGAUUUGAACAUGCGCAUGAAAGGCCUCAGUGCACUUGGGUACUACGACAGCCAGACCCUCCUCAUGGCAGCCGCAAAGUCACGGCAGGGGCCAGAAGUCUUAAGUGCACUGAUCGAGCUGCGGGCUGAUGUGAACGCAAGAUCCAAUAAUGGUAUGAACUGCGCGUUUCUGGCCCGAACACCUGAACAGGUGCAAGUCUUCAUCGAAGCAAAAGCGGAUUUGCACUCACACUGCGAACCUUUAGGACUGACACCCUUGGCAGGGGUCGCAGCAAUGGCUUCGCCAGACACUGUGAGGGCCAUGCUGGAUGCUGCUUACGACCCGAAUCCGCAGCCGUGUGGCGUGGGACACGGCCCUUUGCACGGCGCGAUCAUGGUUUCUCGCGGCAACAGAUAUGCUGCAGAGACAGCUCGGCUUUUGCUUGAGCACAAAGCAGAUGUGAAUUCACGUUGCGCUCCCUCGGGGAACUUUCGUUGGAAAUCUAUUGCCAGCUGCACCUAUGCUUCGAUCAUGGGGCUGGACUCCAUUUCACAGGCGACCAAGCAAUUAGCCUGUCUAUCAGGAGGAACUCCGUUGGACUUUGCCGCCUUCGUGGGAGAUGAGGAACUUAUCAGGUUGUUGUGGCAGUAUGGAGCUGAACCCCUGGGAAACGACAUUGGCGUCAAGCCAAAGGAUUGGGCUUUCACCAAGGGCCAUACGCGGGUUUUUCGGCUGCUGGACACCUUCACAGUGUAAGGCUCACGCAGAUCGUUUGCGUGGCCUUGUCUGCCAUGAAGAUCUCAUUUUUCGCUCGGAGAACUCAGAUUGUUUAAAGCUGGUUGCUGCAGAAAGUGCAGUCAACAGACCAUGAUUAGAAAUUUGUACAUUUCUGGAACUCUUGAUGUGCAAUUAGUGGACCCUGUAUAGUUUUUUGAGCCCAUAGCACGCCUUGUCGAAGGCAAUGGCUGCUAUAGACACUGUGCGAUCCUGUUGCUUUCAGCUUCCAACGUGCCGACUUUGGAAAGCUCUCUUCAGCGGUCAUGCUCCAGUUCUUAGUCAGUGUCAUUCGGACGGGAAGGCCUUUUGGCUUUGUAAGUCUCAUUUCAGCUGACUUGUCCCCAGCUCCAUUUUUGCUUUACUUUAGUUUUACCGUUUAUAGUUAGUUUUGUCCCUCAUACCCGUGAGUGCAAAGGAAAAA